ACCAGAGAGGGGCCUGCCUCGCUGCCGGGAGCCCGGCUGUCCGGGCCUCCCUACUUCUCUGUCCCGGUCCCCCUCCUCGGGGCCUUCUAUAUGGGCCACCUUCUCUCGAAGGAGCCGCGUAACCGCCCAAGCCAGAAGAGGCCUCGCUGUUGCAGCUGGUGCCGCCGCCGCCGCCCUCUCCUCAGGCUGCCCCGCCGGACCCCGGCCAAGGCACCCCCCCAGCCGGCGGCGCCCCGGAGCCGGGACUGCUUCUUCCGCGGGCCCUGCAUGCUCUGCUUCAUCGUGCACAGCCCCGGCGCGCCCGCCCCCGCCGGCCCAGAGGAGGAGCCGCCGCUCUCGCCGCCGCCGCCGCGGGACGGGGCCUACGCCGCGGUCGCCUCCUCGCAGCACCUGGCGCGGCGCUACGCGGCCCUGGCCGCCGAGGACUGCGCCGCCGCCGCUCGCCGCUUCCUGCUAUCCUCGGCCGCCGCCGCCGCCGCCGCCGGUUCGGCCUCGUCACCCGCCUCCUGCUGCAAAGAGCUGGGGCUGGCCGCGGCAGCCGCUUGGGAACAGCAGGGCCGGAGCCUCUUCUUGGCCAGCCUGGGGCCCGUGCGCUUCCUGGGGCCGCCCGCCGCCGUGCAGCUCUUCCGGGGGCCGCCGCCGCCGCCGCCGGCCGAGCCCCCCACGCCUCCCGAGAUGGUGUGCAAGCGGAAGGGGGCCGGGGUCCCCGCCUGCACCCCCUGUAAGCAACCCCGCUGUGGCGGGGGGGCCUGCGGCGGCGGCGGUGGCAGCGGAGGAGGAGGAGGACCUGCGGGGGGAGGCGCCUCGCCGCCGCGGCCCCCCGACGCCGGCUGCUGCCAGGGCCCAGAGCAGCCACCGCAGCCUCUCUGUCCCCAGCGCUCCUCUCCCACUUCGGAAGGUGCCCCCACAGAGGCCGGUGGGGACGCCGUCCGAGCGGGGGGCACCGCCCCCUCGCCCGCCCAGCAGCAGCACGAAUGCGGCGACGCGGACUGUCAGGAGACCCCCGAAAAUCCGUGCGACUGUCAUAGGGAGCCAUCCCCCGAAACCCCAGACAUCAAUCAGCUGCCGCCAUCCAUCCUGCUCAAGAUAUUUUCCAAUUUAUCCCUGGAUGAGCGUUGCCUUUCUGCAUCAUUGGUUUGCAAGUACUGGCGUGACCUUUGUUUAGAUUUCCAGUUUUGGAAGCAGCUGGAUCUUAGUAGUCGUCAGCAGGUCACGGAUGAAUUAUUGGAAAAAAUUGCAUCAAGAAGUCAAAAUAUAAUUGAAAUCAACAUUUCUGAUUGUCGCAGUAUGUCUGAUACUGGCGUGUGUGUUCUAGCAUUUAAAUGUCCUGGACUUCUUAGGUAUACAGCCUACAGGUGUAAACAGCUUUCUGACACCUCUAUUAUUGCGGUUGCCUCUCACUGUCCUUUACUUCAGAAAGUUCAUGUAGGCAACCAGGACAAACUUACUGAUGAAGGACUCAAACAGCUGGGCUCAAAAUGCAGAGAACUCAAAGAUAUUCAUUUCGGCCAGUGUUACAAGAUCUCAGAUGAAGGCAUGAUCGUCAUAGCUAAGGGCUGUCUGAAAUUACAAAGAAUAUACAUGCAGGAAAACAAAUUAGUGACAGAUCAGUCGGUGAAAGCAUUUGCUGAGCACUGUCCUGAACUUCAGUACGUUGGCUUCAUGGGUUGUUCAGUUACUUCUAAAGGAGUCAUUCAUCUAACCAAGCUAAGAAACCUUUCCAGCUUGGACCUACGUCAUAUCACUGAACUGGAUAAUGAAACCGUGAUGGAAAUUGUCAAGAGGUGCAAAAAUCUAAGCUCUCUCAAUCUCUGCCUGAACUGGAUCAUAAAUGACAGGUGUGUGGAGGUCAUUGCAAAGGAAGGACAAAACCUGAAAGAGCUGUAUUUGGUGUCCUGUAAAAUCACAGAUUAUGCACUGAUAGCCAUUGGGCGAUACAGCAUGACAAUAGAGACUGUGGAUGUUGGAUGGUGUAAAGAAAUUACAGACCAAGGAGCCACCCUGAUUGCACAGAGCAGCAAGUCUCUAAGAUACUUGGGGCUGAUGAGAUGCGAUAAAGUCAGUGAAGUGACGGUGGAGCAGCUAGUGCAGCAGUACCCCCAUAUCACCUUCAGCACCGUCCUGCAGGACUGCAAGAGGACCCUGGAGAGAGCCUACCAGAUGGGCUGGACCCCCAACAUGUCUGCCGCCUCCUCCUGACAGCCCUGCCCACGCUUGGGUCCACGCGGAUCCGCCAGCAGGGCGGAGAGCAAUUGUAGAGUUGGGGUGGGUGAUCUCUUGCAAAGGUUUUGACCGUCCCGUGUCUCCAUGUGUACCCGAGUGUGUAUAUCUGUGUCUCGUUUGCAUACUGCGUAGCAUAAGCUCAAUUGCUAUUUUGUUCCCAGGUGAGCUGGUUUUUUCCUUAAAUAACGAUUUUGACAGGCACAGACCUUUAGUUUUUAAGUUCAAAGGCAUAUUUCUCUAAAAAAAAAAUUUUUUUUUUUUUUGCUGUAGAAUCAAAAAAAAAAAAAAAAACGGAUCCAUUGUUUUGAGCUUCUAAUGACUGCCACUGGAGAUGCCCCCAAAUGAAGGCAACUGCCUUCUUUUUUGAUGGGAAAGAAUUGUGCGAUUCUACUGAUGAUGACCGGAAAGGAGCCACGUUGCGCUAAUUAGAAGCCCGGAAACCAGUACUUUUCAAGAUUUCAAGCACGUACACACAUAUAGGUUCUCAUACUCUCAUACACACACACACCCCACAGCACUUUCUUUCUAGAUCAUUUUCUGACACAGGGGCCUUUCUCCAGGCCACUGAGGGAGCAUGGCAUCCACUGUCACUCUGCCUAACUCACUGUCCCCACAGGUGUCCCAACCUGCCUGUCUGGUGGGCGACUUAGGGACUAUAGAGGACAAAACCUUUUGUGAAGUUUUCACAUGGAGGCAACAAUCUGAACUCCCCUGACCAGCUCACAAAAGUUAAUUAUUCAUUAUUGUACAAAAUUCUGUUGAGUACUAAGUAUUUUGAGUUUCAUGUUAACAUUGUAUUAGCUUUUAUAAUACAAUGGAUAGUAACUGGUCUGGAUAUAUUUUAAUGAUAUUUGGAGCUAAUCUUAGCAUUAUCCACAUUAAAGCCACCAAUGUAAUUAAUAGUGUGCAGUUAUUUUUAAAAAAAAAAACUCUACAGAUCAUUUAAUUAUUUUUGUUAAUUUUGGUAAUUAUGAAAGUAUAUUUCUGAGAUUUGGGGCUAGUCACGUUAAUAGAAGGUUCAUGAGUGAGAUAUAAGUAGACAAUCUUUCUAUUAAG